AGAUAGAGCCAAACUACAAUUCUUAUCAGAAUAUAGAAGGAACCUUCAAAAGCAUUAUAUAUUAAAUGACAAACUACCCGCAUCAUACUUCGAUCUACCUCCUGAAAAACUCAAUUUACCCUCAACACCCCAAGCACUCAUUCAAGAAGUUAGGCACCUAUUCCUGUGCAAUCCUAAGAAUGACAGUGAACUCAGAGAUCUAGUAACCAAACUCCGAUGCCAUUACAAAUUUAAAAAACUUCCAAGUAACUUUAUUAUCUAUAAGAAACUACUUCCACUACAACCCUCACAA